GGGAUUUUUUCAAGGUUUCCCUUUGAUCAUUUUAAUUGGAUUUGGGGAUUAAAUUGAUAUGGUGAAUCGAAGGCCGAGCAGAACCAGAGAAGUUCGAUAGGUGGAUCGGUAAUAUCAGUUCUCGGAACAGUGAAUGAAGGUCGAUCGAAAUCAGAGAAAUCGGAGCUGAAGGGUUGGAUGUGAAGGGUUGGAGAGUGGUGGAUGUUCUCUGAUUCAGCAAUCAUCGAGCAGCCUCAACGCCAGGUCCCUCCCUCGCCCUUCUUCGAUCUAUUUUUUCUGCGACACCUAAAGCCGCCGGAGAUUUGCAAGAACAAACUCGGUUCAGCAAUCAUCCAGCAGGCGAUGACGAUCGAAGACAAAAAGUCGCUGGAGUUCGCGUUAUCCGUGUGGAAGUCGAACCGUGAUCGUUUAAUAGGGUGGAGUGCCUCCAUUUUGGGGAAAGACGAUGUCAAAGAUUUUUAUGCUGUCAGGGCCGCAGAUUUGAGGUUUUCUGCUGAGCCGUGUGGUAAUAUAACGCGAUAUGCCAAGGAUUUGAUCCGUGGGAUGCUUUGGGUUGAUCCUUCCUAGAGGCUAACGGCUAAUGGUGUUUUAGCUCACUCUUGGAUGGAGCAGUUAUAUGAGCGAGGACAAGGACAUUAUGAUCAAGAUGGGGUUGGAUAUGAAGGGUUGGAGAGUGGUGGAUGUUCUUUCUCCACAGAGUCAAAGUUAAUAGGGAGCAAGACUAUAUCUUAAGCAUGGGGCAGUUAGAGGAAUCGAUUGAUAACGAUUGUAGAUCAUCUUUCUCCUCUUUCUUACCUGCGGAUAACAACAAUAUACCGCCAGCUUCUGGUUUUGGUGGGUGAGCUGCGGAUAACAACACUCCCAUCUAUGCCAAGCUUUAUCUUCUUUAGUCCAAGCCCAGCGACGACACAGAACAACAACACUCAUGAAACAGAUGAGAAACUUGGAGGGGACAAGAAUUCAUGCUUUAGUUGGUAAACAGCUCAUCAAGAAGUAUGAAGAUAGGCCAACCGAGGGCGAUGCGGUGGUCGUCCAUUUAUUCAAAGUGUACGAUGCUUUUGGUGAUUAUUGGACAACCACACAUCCGUACAAAAUUGGCUUUUUUCAGACAACUUUUGUUGGAAAAGCUGAUGAUUUUCCAAGUGAAGUUCCCGAGAAGUAUUUGGCGGAUUACAAUGAUAUUCUUGGUGGAAAGCUUGAUAAUAGCUGUUUGGUUGAUGUUAUUGGCCAAAUAGUUAACUUUGGGUCUCUUGAAAACAAAAUGAUAAAAGAAAAAGAUAACAUCAGGCUCUUGAUUGAGUUACGUGACCAGAAUAAUGUGAAGAUGAUGUGUACUCUGUGGAGUCGUUAUGCUAAACAAGUAUACGAUUACAGGAUAGUAACAUGUCCACAAUGAUUAUGUGUUAUCAGGUGCUUACUCCAUAUCUAGCGGGUAUAAUUCAACCCAUAUUUUGCUCAACCCAACACUGGAUUUGAUUGACCAGUUCAAAGCAAGUCUCCCUAAUGAUUCUCUUGCUCUUACAAACAACGAUAACACCCAAUGGUCUGUUGGUACUGCUACAUCUGUUCGUGCCAUCUGUUGGUACUGCUACAUCUGUUCGUGCCAGGUUUUUUGUUCUUAAUGAAAGGCUAACCAUAAGAGAGAUCAUUGAUAGUACUCUGGUUGGAACUUUUGUUACCAUGGCCACUAUUGAAAGUAUUGAUGCUGAACGUGGAUGGCAAUACCUAAGUUGUAAAUACUGCAACAAAAAGGUAUUUCCUACAACCAAUGUUGAUGACGAUAUGCGUCCUUUGUUCUACUGCAAUACCUGCGAUAAAGAACACAUCAACGUCGUAUCCAGGUUUAAAUUAAUUGCCAAUGUUAAAGACGAUUCCGGUGAGGCAAACUUUCUUUUGUUUGAUACCAACGCUCAGAUGACUGUGUGUACUGCAGAACUGUACGAUGAGGAUGAAGAUCCCGACUUCUUACCAGAAGCAGUUAGCGACCUCUUUGGCAAGAGAAUGCUUUUUGAAAUUUCAGUUGAUUCUGAUAACAUCAGAGGAAAGAGCUCUCAGUAUCUUGUUCGUUGUGCUAAUGAUGAUCGUGAAAUGAUUGAGGAAUUUGCAGCUUUGCCUCAUAAACCGGUUUUGAUGUUGCUCGGCUCCGACGAGAUUUCCGAUGGUUCUGGUGGUUCUUCAGAAACUCCUGUGUCUAAAAGAAAAGGCAAAGGAGAGGAAGAAAAUGAUGCUGAGGAUCAACUCUCUGUCAAGAAGAAACAGGGUCAAAAGAAAAUCAAGGGCGAGUGAAAAUCUCCCAUUGCGCUUUGGAACAUUGUCAACUCUGCUUUUAUUUUCAGACAAUAUGGCUUUCAACCUUGACGAACACACCAUUUAUAAUAAAACGUUUAUAUAACAACACAUAUUUCAACCUAAACGGGUCGUAUAACCUAAUUUUGUCGUCU